CAAGAUGUUUGGGGAGUAUUUUGUUCAUUUAGAAUACAAACGUAACGCGCAUCGCACAAGGAAUUAACCAGCGUCGACAUGAAGUUUUUAUUGUGUGCGGCGACGAUGACGCUCCUUGGAUUAACCGGCGCCGGUAGAAUUCCUCGUAGUUUUGAUGCACUUCAAGUGCAUAAUACGCAUAACAAUUUUCCAAACUUACACACUGUUCAUCACGGUCACGGUGCUACGAGCUACCAAAAUGUGGACAUUGAAAAUCACGGAGAUGUUCAAAUCCCGACUAAGUUUCGCGCCGAACAGCAACAGUAUUAUGGUUAUCCCAAACACGACGACAAUCACGAGCUGUACGAGGUAUCUGCAAUAACAACAGUUCCCAGAUUUCCCAGCACCAAUGGGAUCCCUAAUCACUAUUACCAGCUAUCCGACGACAGUGACCUGUACGAUUCAAAUAACAUCGAUCACAUCGAAAUCAACAAUAUUGCAGAACAAUCUGCCUACUAUGACAAUUACGAUCACGAAUACGACUUUGGAUAUCAAUAAAUAUAGUUGUAGAAAAUCCCACUUCCAAAAUCUGC